CGGCCGGGCGCCCCUGCCCGCCGCGGAGCCCGCCGCCUGAAGGCUGCCCGGGGCGCGGAGCCGGCGCCGGCGCGGCGCGGGCGCAGGAGGCAUUCCAGGCGCGAUGUCGGUGCCGCUGCUCAAGAUCGGGGUUGUGCUCAGCACCAUGGCCAUGAUCACCAACUGGAUGUCCCAGACGCUGCCCUCGCUGGUGGGCCUCAACACCACCAAGCUCUCGGCGGCCAGCGGCGGGACGCUCGACCGCAGCACCGGCGUGCUGCCCACCAACCCUGAGGAGAGCUGGCAGGUGUACAGCUCUGCCCAGGACAGUGAGGGCAGGUGUAUCUGCACGGUGGUCGCCCCCCAGCAGACCAUGUGUUCACGGGAUGCCCGCACGAAACAGCUGAGGCAGCUACUGGAGAAGGUGCAAAACAUGUCUCAAUCCAUAGAGGUCCUCGACAGGCGGACUCAGAGGGACUUGCAGUACGUGGAGAAGAUGGAGAGCCAAAUGAAAGGACUGGAGUCCAAGUUCAAACAGGUGGAGGAGAGUCAUAAGCAACACCUGGCCAGGCAGUUCAAGGCGAUAAAAGCGAAAAUGGAUGAACUUAGGCCUUUGAUACCUGUGUUGGAAGAGUACAAGGCCGAUGCCAAAUUGGUAUUGCAGUUUAAAGAGGAGGUCCAGAAUCUGACGUCAGUGCUUAACGAGCUGCAAGAAGAAAUUGGCGCCUAUGACUACGAUGAACUUCAGAGCAGAGUGUCCAAUCUUGAAGAAAGGCUCCGUGCAUGCAUGCAAAAACUAGCGUGUGGCAAGCUGACGGGCAUAAGUGACCCCGUGACCAUCAAGACCUCUGGCUCGAGGUUUGGGUCCUGGAUGACGGACCCUCUGGCCCCAGAAGGUGAUAACAGGGUCUGGUACAUGGACGGCUACCACAACAACCGCUUUGUCCGGGAGUACAGAUCGAUGCUGGCCUUCAUGACCACGGACAACUUCACGUCCCACCGCCUCCCGCACCCCUGGUCCGGCACGGGGCAGGUGGUCUACAACGGCUCCAUCUACUUCAACAAGUUCCAGAGCCACAUCGUCAUCAGGUUCGACCUAAAGACGGAGACGAUCCUGAAGACGCGCAGCCUGGACUAUGCUGGCUAUAACAACAUGUACCACUACGCCUGGGGUGGCCACUCGGACAUCGACCUCAUGGUGGAUGAGAAUGGGCUGUGGGCUGUCUAUGCCACCAACCAGAACGCCGGCAACAUCGUCAUCAGCAAGCUGGACCCCAUCUCCCUGCAGGUGCUGCAGACCUGGAACACCAGCUACCCCAAGCGCAGCGCGGGCGAGGCCUUCAUCAUCUGCGGGACCCUCUACGUCACCAACGGCUACUCGGGGGGCACCAAGGUCCACUACGCCUACCAAACCAACGCCUCUACCUACGAGUACAUCGACAUCCCCUUCCAGAACAAGUACUCGCACAUCUCCAUGCUGGACUACAACCCCAAGGACCGCGCCCUGUAUGCCUGGAACAAUGGCCACCAGAUCCUCUACAACGUCACCCUCUUCCACGUCAUUCGGUCUGAUGAGUUGUAGUCCCCUCGGCCUGGAAGCCAAGGGUCCGAGUCCUCACCCACCUGGAAAUUCCUGUGGAACAGCUGCCAAAUUAAUAUUGGUGAGACGAACAAGGCUAAUUUGGAAAAAUCAGCAGCAGCGUGGACUCCGGCAUCACGGGGUGGCGUUGCCCCCCGUGUUUCUCCAGCUCCAGCUGGAGGGCGGCCAGUGUGGGAAGAAGUCCCCGUAUAUACGGCUGGAAUUGCAGCCCAGGGCUCCCUGGUUCCCCUGCCCUGGUCCCCUUUCUGGUCAAUAUACUCAAGAAGUAAGGCACUGACUGUUGGCCAGUUGUUAACCGAGAACAACCCACUGUUAGGAUCGCAUGGACUUGUCCGUAGAUCAUGGUCAGCUCGAUGAACCUGAGUGUCGUGUCUCAUUGAAGUCCCCCUCCCCCGGGCCUUGCUCGGUGGCCGAGGGGGCCACGUAGGCUAGUGUAACUCGCAUCUCAUCACUGCUGCCGUCCUUGACCACGUGUUGUGUCUUAGAUGAACUGUGCUGAGACUCCAAGUAGCCCGUGGACCCGAGUUAGUCCCCAAGAGCGGUGGCCAGCGUGUGUGGCGUGGACAGGCUCAGUGCCACACCGUUUGAAUCCGCGUACCCCGUAGAUACAUCGUACAAUGUCCGUCUGUUGUUUCCUCAAGGUGGUGACUUGUCUGUUUAGUUGAUGCCAUGAAUGUUGUAAAUGCAAUGCCGUAGUUUGGAUUAGUAAGUGGAUGGUUUUUGUUUCUAAAGAGGAAUAAAAAAAAACACAUCAAUGUUCGCCCUUGUAGAGAGAUGAUCAAUUUCAUGUUGCUAAUCAUGAAAGGAAAUACCCUCUUCUUGUUAAAUUAUCUAAAUAGUGUAACCCCAGAUGAGGGGCUCAUCUAGGGAAACUUCGGUUUCCAAGGGGAAAAAAAUGCUCCUGAGGGCAGCAGUGUGCGGAAAGGACAUUUUUUAAGUAAAAAAGAGGGAAACUUUGUACUAUCCGGUUAUCUAAGGAACAAUAAAAAUAUUAGGAGAUGGC